CCUUCUCUCCCACCAUUUUUGAAAGUAGUGCAUAAAACUCGAGCACCAUCCAUUCCAACUCCUGAAACUUAGGGUUUGCUAUUAAAUUAGGGUUCGCUAUAUAGAGAAUUGGUGUUCAUCUUUAUUUUUUGUGGUUUAUUGUUAGGUUUAAUUUUUUUUGGGGAUUUUUUUACUUCUUGGUUUUCUUCAAUUUUCCUCAUUUCUGGCUUUUCAAUAUUCAGGAAGAUGAUGAGCGAGAAUGAACGAAUGGAUGAUGAGAAGGCAGAGUUUUUGAAGGAAUUUGGUAGGGAUUAUGGUUACCCAGAAGGCUCAAAAAGCAUUGAUGAGAUCAGAGCUUUAGAAUUCAAGAGAUUGAAUGGACUUGUGUACUUGGAUCAUACUGGCGCUACUCUAUACUCAGAGUUGCAGAUGGAAGCCAUUUUCAAUGACCUGAAAUUUAAUGUCUAUGGAAAUCCUCAUAGCCAGAGUGAUUCCAGUUUGGCUGCAUCAGAGCGUAUCAAUUCGGCACGCCAACAAGUCCUGGACUAUUUUAAUGCAUCAGCGAAGGACUACAAAUGUAUAUUCACUUCUGGUGCAACAGCUGCCCUUAAACUUGUCGGUGAGGCUUUCCCUUGGAGCACAGAGAGCACCUACAUGUAUACGAUGGAGAAUCAUAACAGUGUCCUUGGAAUCAGAGAAUAUGCUCUAAAUCAAGGAUCCAAAGCUGUUGCUGUCGAUAUUGAACAGCUCAACGAGUGUGGUGGGCAGUCUGAUGCUGAUGUCUAUUCCACUCGUAAAUAUUUCCAUCCCCCACAAAGACGAGACCCCAAACUUUCAAAAGAAAUGUCAAAUGAGACAUUAUAUAACUUAUUUGCCUUUCCCUCCGAGUGCAAUUUCUCUGGUAUUAAAUUUGAUCUUUCCUUGGUUAAAAAUGUUAAGGAGGACACUCAAUCGUUUUUCAAGGGUUCGCCUUAUGGCAGGGGAUGCUGGAUGGUGUUGAUUGAUGCUGCAAAAGGUUGUGCGACAGAACCUCCCGAUCUUUCUAAAUUUCCUGCUGACUUCGUUGUUUUGUCAUUUUACAAGAUUUUUGGCUAUCCUACUGGGCUUGGUGCUCUCCUUGUUCGAACAGAAGCUGCCAAGUUGCUCAAGAAGGCAUACUUUAGUGGAGGAACGGUUGCUGCAUCUAUAGCAAACAUUGACUUUGUAAGUAGAAGACAGGGUGUUGAGGAAUCAUUUGAGGAUGGCACACAAUCUUUCCUCAGCAUAGCUUCUAUUCAUCACGGAUUCAAAUUGAUCAAUGAUUUAAGGGUAUCUGCAAUAUCUCGGCAUACGGCAGCACUUACUGCUUACGUAAGAAAGACACUUUUGAGCUUAAGGCAUGUCAAUGGAACUGCAGUCUCUGUACUUUAUGGAAGCGAUGCAGCCAAGGGAUUAUCUUCGGGGCAGGGUCCUACAAUUUCAUUCAAUUUGAAAAGACCAGAUGGCUCUUGGUUUGGCUAUCGCGAGGUGGAAAAAUUGGCCUCUCUCUCUAUGAUUCAGUUGAGGACUGGAUGCUUUUGCAACCCAGGUGCAUGUUCAAAAUAUCUAGGUUUAUCUGAAACCGAUCUGCGUUUAAACUUUGAGGCAGGUCAUGUUUGCUGGGAUGAUAAUGACAUAUUGCAUGGGAAACCAACAGGAGCUGUGAGGAUAUCCUUUGGUUAUAUGUCGACAUUUGAAGAUGCAAAGAAAUUUAUUAGCUUUCUGGUAAAUUCAUUUGUUUCAAAGACAACAUGCGGGACCAAGUUGAAGUCCUCCAUUGAAGGCACGUGGAAAGGUCAUUCAGAGGGUGAAAUUUAUUUGAAGUCAAUUACUAUCUAUCCUAUAAAAUCAUGUGCUGGGUUCAGUGUGGAGAAAUGGCCUCUCAGUAGUACUGGCCUACAUUAUGAUCGUGAGUGGCUUCUCAGGAGCAUUAAUGGUGAGGUUCUAACUCAAAAGAAGGUCCCAAGAAUGUGUUCAAUUAGCACGUUCAUUGACUCUACCAAAGGCAAGUUGUUUGUUGAAUCGCCCAAUUGCCCAGAGCCGCUGCAGAUUGCUCUUGAACUGAAUACUGUUGGAAGUUUCACAGAGGAAGCCGAUGUAUAUGGGAGAAGAUAUCAAGUGCAGACUUAUGGUAGCAAAGUCAAUCAGUGGUUCACAGAUGCUGUUGGCCGGCCUUGUGUCUUAAUGAGAUGCCAUGGUGCUGAGUUUACAAGUUGCAUACGGGAAAAUGACAUCAGAGGAAGAUGUAGAGAUGUAAACAGUAGACUCAACUUCGUCAAUGAAGCUCAACUCUUGCUGAUUUCCGAGGCUAGUGUUCGUGACCUUAACACCCGGAUAAACUCACGUGUACAAAAGGGAAGUUUUGCACAUGCCACAGAAUCAGUUUAUGUGGACCCCAUGAGAUUUCGUCCCAAUUUUGUUGUAUCAGGAGCCAAUUCAUAUGAUGAAGACAACUGGAGAAGUGUCAAUAUAGGAAAGCAGCUUUUCACUGCACUAGGCGGAUGCAACCGUUGUCAAAUGAUCAAUAUCAGCCCAUGGUCAGGGCAAGUCCAAAUGUCCAAGGAACCUUUGGCGACUCUAGCCUCUUUUAGGCGAGUGCAGGGUAAGAUCUUAUUUGGUGUCCUCUUGAGAUAUGAGACGUUUCCAGUGGUGGAUAAAGGGGAAGAGACUGAGCAUACAAUACAGGUCGGAACAAGAAUAUAUCCUGAAAGAAUGUAAAGGAAUUGAAUUUGAAUCAAUUUCAAGAGAGUUUAGAAAUCGUUACUGAUUACAGAAGCUUUCAAACUUGAUAUGUUUCUCUACAUUAUGCCAUGUAAUCCAUAUAUAUAUGCCAUAUAUAUCAAGAUAAUUUUUUACAGCUUAUUUUGAUGUUGUAGAACAGUUUGUAUUUUAUAAAUGAGUUGUACACCCUC